AAUCCCUCUUUUCUUCUCUCUUUUGAAUUUUAUACUUUUCCAUACCUUUUUCCCUCCUCCCUUCGCCGCAGCUUCCAAAAUUUUGCCGAAGCCUAUAAAUAUAAACCCCCAUCUCCUGAAUUGACCAAAAACAAUCCAAACUCAGAGAGAAAUCCACAAAUUAAAAUUCCUUUUCUUGAGUAUUUUUUUUUCUAUUGCAAUCUGUGAUUGAAAUGGAGAUCAAUAAGAGUGGUGCACAGUACGAUCGUGUAUUGAGUUACUUCGACGAAGAUGGAGACGGGAAGAUAUCGCCGUCGGAGCUGAGGAAUCGGCUGGGAUUGAUAGGUGGAGAGCUGCUGCAGGCGGAGGCGGAGGCGGCGGUGGAAUCGCUGGACUCGGACGGGGAUGGGUUGCUGUGUGCGGGGGAUAUCGAACGGUUACUGGAGGUUGGGGAGGAAGAGAAGUUGAAGGAUUUGAAGGAGGCGUUUGCUUUGUACGAUAGUGAAGGUUGCGGGUUCAUAACUCCGAAGAAUUUGAAGAAAAUGCUAAGGAAAUUAGGGGAAAGGAAAUCGACGGAGGAGUGUAAAAUGAUGAUUCGUCGCUUCGAUUUGAACGGUGACGGUUUGAUUAGCUUUGAGGAGUUUCAGAUCAUGAUGGCUUAGCCAACUCUGUACAUAUAUAUCUUAAAUUUUUCAUUUAAUUAAUUCAUUCAUUUUUGAUUCUUUUUUUUUUUUUUAAAUUGAUUUUAUUAGUUGUUGAAUUGGGGCAUUUCCCAUUUGUAUAAAAAAGAUACACACAUUUCUAUAUCAAUACUUUUGAGAUUGUAUGGAUAAUAAAUAUUAUAUAUAAAUAUUUUCAUGGGAGAGUUAUAUGAAAUUCAUGAUGAUUUGUUGUGUAA